UAAAGUAAAACAAUGAAAACUACACCGUUACGCUUCUUCCUCUUCUUCUUCUUCUCUUUUUAAUUCCUUCGCAAGCAAUCAUCUCCACUUUUACUCGUCACUAAACUGUAAAUCCAUAAAAGUUCCACCUUCCCGGAGAUGUUUUCCUUUGCCGGCUUCGCUUUCAUCACUGGAUUCUUGCUGGGGAUUCUUACCCUCUUAGCUGCUGAAGUUACAACCUUUCUGCUCCUCAUAAAGCGAUUUAAUCGGAAGAGAAACCUCCAAGAAUCGAAUAAGAAAAGCUCUGUUCCUCCAAAGGCCAUUGAUUUCAGUCUCAACAAACAGGGAGUGAUUUGGGUUUUGGAGUUUGAUGAAAGUUUAAAGAAUUUACCAAAAGAGCAAAAGAAGAAGAAAGAUGUUUUAGAGGUGCAUCCAGUUAAGAAGUCUGCUCUCAUUAAAGACCACAAACUCAUCUUGUCAAAUUCAGAUGGCUCUCAGAAGAUUAUUUCUUUGAGAGGUUGCAAUGUUGAGGCUGUUUCAGGGUCUGAACUCCCCACAAGGAAAUGGGCUAAAAGAUAUCCUAUCAAAGUAGAAAGCAAAACAUCAGACUUGUACAAAGGAAACCGUGUGUUUUACAUCUAUCUAGACACUUCUUGGGAGAAGGAGUCAUGGUGUAAAGCUCUUCGUCUUGCUGCUUGCAAUGAUCAUGAAAGGGCUAUGUGGCCUACUAAGUUGAAACAGGAUUUCCAGAGCUAUAUAGCUUCUCUUAAUGUUGCAUAUCCUUCUUUUAUAAAACAACCAUCAGGUGCGUUUGAUUUUGAGUCAUUGGACAACAAGGAGGUUAAAGUGGAUGCUCCUUCCUCAAAGGUUCGUUUGUUAUGGAAGAAAUUCUCAAAAAAGAAAGUGCCUAACCGUGAAGACAAGAAGACUUCAACACGUCCUUCUUACCAAGAUUCAUCUGGUAGCUCUGGAAGGAGCACCCCAGCAAGAAAGAUUCAAGAGAAAAUCCCUGAGGAAACUGAUGUGAAAGCUUUCUCACGUUCUUGGAGCCAUGGGAGUCAUGUCUCUGAUGUAAACUCGGAAGACAAGUUGUUUGUUACUGAUGAAGGAACUUUGACGUGGAACUUGCUGAUCUCUAGGCUGUUUUUUGAUGUUAAACUGAACACAGGGAUAAAGAAUGUAGUCCAUGAACGUAUCCAGCGUGUGAUGACCAACAUGAGACUUCCCAGCUAUAUAGGCGAUUUAAUCUGUUGUGAUGUCAAGGUUGGAAACUUACCACCUUAUAUACAUGGUGCAAGGAUUCUUCCAGUGGAGAUGGAUGGUGUGUGGGCGUUUGAACUAGAUGUUGAAUACAGUGGUGGUGCUGGUCUAGUAGUUGAGACUAGGGUAGAUGCCAGAGAGGAAGAACUGCAGAACGGCAUAGCGGGAAAGUUGCAGCCAAAUCUUUCUGGGGAUGUUCCCAUAGAUCUUCUUGAAGGUCUUGAAGAAUUUGAAAAGCAAUUAAGUGUCCCUGGAGGAACUGUUGAAGUUAAAACUGAUGAAUCUAAGGGAUCAAAAGGAACAAAAGCAUCUCCAAACAAUGGAUCUAAGUGGAAGUCUAUUCUGAAGAACAUCGCUGAGCAAGUCUCUCAGGUUCCAAUUAAUUUGUCAAUAGGAGUCUCUUCACUUAGAGGGACACUGCGAGUACACAUGAAGCCGCCUCCAUCUGAUCAACUAUGGCUUAGCUUCACAACCAUGCCUGAUAUUCAUUUCGACCUUGUCUCAUCUGUUGGUGACCACAAAGUCACAAACAGCCAUGUUGCUACGUUCUUGAUCAACCGGUUUAAGAACGGGAUAAGAGAAGUCAUGGUGCUCCCCAACUGCGAAAACAUAACCAUUCCAUGGAUGAUAGCUGAAAAGGAUGAUUGGGUCCAACGCAGUGUUGCACCAUUUAUGUGGCUGAAUCAAGACUCACCUAAUAGUGAUCAUGAAAGUUUCGAAGCUAAAUCUAAAGCUGAAAAGCCGCCAAGUUCUGAACAAACGAAGAAAGUCAUCAACAUUGUACAGAAGCAAAGAGUUGAAGAAGAACCUGUUACUGAACCAUCAGCUGCUAACUCUGCAUCUCUUAUAGUAGAAAGUGACAGAUCCUUGGAGGAACUCAAGACUCCACUGCUGGAAACAAGAGAAGAGAAGGAUACAUUAGCACGAGGAGAUGAAGAAGAGACUACUCCGGUUAGUGUCCAGUCAUCAUCGAGGUCUAUGUUGUCAAGUGAAGAGGAUGAUUUGAAGGGAAAGAAAAUGGGAGCAAAAGAGAGAAUGUUUGAUUUUAGGAAGAAAGUUGGUGAGAAGUUUGAAGAGAAGAAGCGUCAUGUGGAGGAAAGAAGUAGACAGAUUGUUGAAAAGAUGAGAGGACCUUAACACAAGGUUUCAGAACAAGAAGAUGAAGAAGAAGCUUCUUUAUUAGAUUAGCCUAGUAUACUGUUACUUGUAUUUGGUGAAUAUAUCAAAUAACUCAUUGUGAAAAUCUUUCUUUAUUCUUAAUAUUACAAGAAACAAAGAUUC